AUGGAGAAUGCAGUUUGGGGUUUGUUGUUCCUCAGCAGGACAAAAGCCACUGAAGCUAGCUCCUACUUCACUUCCCAUCUGGAAGCGCUGCCCAAUAUUCUGCAAAAGAAGUACUCAUUGUUGCGUGAUCUGGACAAAAGUUUGCAGGAAAUCCAACGGCAAAAUGAACAACGAUGUGACCAAGAAAUAGAGGACAUUAAACAAGGAGUUAAGGCUGGAAACAUUACACCAAAUACUUCACUGAUCAGAUUCUCAGAUGAGGGACUUGAUGAGCAAAAGCAUAGCAUCAGGAUUGCGGAUGAAAAAAUUGCAUUGGCUGUCCAAGCAUAUGAUUUGGAUGAUGAGCUUGCAACCUCAAAGGUAGAUGCACACAUUCAACAACUUGAUCAAUUUCUGAAGCUAUGUGAUGAAGACAAUCGGCGAGAAAGAGAUAGUGGUGCUGCUGCUCCGGCAUUGCCUGCUUCGAGUUUUGAUGGAAGUACAAAGUCUGGAAGGGGUAGCGAGAGUGGUAGAGGAGGGCGUAAAAAAGAUGCAGGGACUUCCUUCUGUCACGAUGAAGAAGGGAAAGAUACCGGGAACGUCAGCCUUAUGUCAACCAAGUGA